AACUUCAGUCCCAAAGAAAAACAGAAUCAAUCCCAGGAUACAUGGGUGACCACAUAAAGGACAGUUAUGGAGCAAUAAACCCAGGGGCCACGACGAGCGAUCCUGACGCAGCAGUGGGGAACAGGACUAGAAGCGACCAUUAUAUGACAAAACUGAAGUGACGAGCUUCCUGUGGCUGCUUCUCCUGCUGAUCCCCCACAAGACCCUUGACUCCUCAGCUGAGGAGACAUGGAGGAACAGGGGGAUGCUGCAAUUGGGGGUCUGUUGGCACCCAGCCCACAGAGUGAGGCUGUAACCCAUGAAAUGGGUGAACUGUCCCUGCACCCCAACCAGAGGCUUCCUCCUCUCAAUGAGCGCAAAAAUGUUCUCCAGCUGAGGCUCCAGCAAAGACGCACCCGCGAGCAGCUCGUUGAACAGGGCAUCAUGCCACCCCUGAAGAGCCCGGCAGCUUUCCAUGAACAGAUCCGCAGCCUUGAGAGAGCCAGGACUGAAAAUUUCCUAAAGCACAAAAUACGCAGCCGCCCAGAAAGGGCUGAGUUGGUCCGCAUGCACAUCUUACAAGAGACUGUGGCAGAGCCUUCUCUGCAGGCCACCCAGCUGAGGCUAAAGAGAGCUCGACUGGCUGAUGACCUCAAUGAGAAGAUUGCGCAGCGCCCCGGCCCAAUGGAGCUGGUGGAGAAGAACAUCUUGCCUGUGGACUCCAGCCUCAAGGAGGCCAUAAUUGAUGGUCAGAUGCAGUACCCUAGAACUCUAGAAGACCUAGUAGAUGAAGACAGUGGAGAUGCAUUUUCACCAGAGCAGCCAGCCAGUCAGGAGUCCCAGGGAUCUGCAGCCUCACCUGGAGAGAUCAGGACUAUGGAGGAGACUUCACCACUGCCCAAUAACUUGCUACAGCACUUUCCUGCAGUCACCACUACUUCGACAGAUUUCCUCAAGCCUUUUUCCACCAUUGAACAAUCCGUUAGCCCGCCAGCUCCCAUACCACAACUAGUCACAGUGGCCCCUGUGAAGUCAGGGCCCACCCUUGUAAAGCAGAGUCAGCCUAAGUUACCUGGAGACAAGAGCCGCAGCAAGAAGAGCAAGGAGGCCAAGCCACGUGUGAAAAAGUUGAAAUAUCAUCAGUACAUUCCCCCAGAUCAGAAACAAGAACCCGACCAAGCCCCGAUGGACUCCUCGUAUGCUCGUUUACUACAACAACAGCAGCUAUUUUUGCAGCUACAGAUCCUGAGCCAACAGCAACAGCAGCACUACAACUACCAGACCAUCCUUCCUGCACCUCUCAAGCCUGUGAUUGAGGGCCAAAACAGCAGUGCCACAGUGGCUAUCAACAACACCAAUAGCCUUCCUGCCUCGAUUGUGGUGUCUCUGCCCACAGCAACACCUGUGCGGCCCAAUAGCACUCUUUCCAACCGCAAAGCUGGCAUAUUACCAGCCAACUUGGAGGAGAUGAAGGUGGCAGAGCUAAAAAUGGAGUUAAAGUUGCGUGGUCUUCCAGUAUCAGGAACAAAGACUGACCUUAUUGAACGGCUCAAGCCUUUCCAAGAAAAUCCUAUCACUACUGCACCCAACAACUCCUCCACAGGACCUAAAACACAGCCCUGCAGCACACUUAUGGAAGUUUCCAACACCACUACAACCCUCUCUCCCAUCCAACUGCCCACUAAUAAUUUGAGCUCCACUCCGCCUGUGUCUCCAAGUUCCUCAGAGUUUCUCAGCAGGGAGGACAUGUCCGUGGAAGGACAAGCAGAGAUACAAAACCGUUGUUUAAUAAAGGCAAACCCUGUUCCUGAGGAGCAAGACAGGAGACUACAUGAAAAGGAGCGACAGAUUGAGGAAUUGCUGCGUAAACUGGAGCAGGAGCAGAAACUGGUGGAAGAACUGAAGAUGCAGCUUGAAGUGGAGAAAAGAAGCGGAGUUGUACCAUCUGUGGAAAAUAACAACAUUUCUAGCCCAGGCAUCAUGUUGGCAUCUGUCAAAGCAGAAAACACUGUUUCUCCCAACUGCAAACUGAGUUCACACACUACACCAACUCUGGUGAAGCUUGAGGAGGCGCAUCCCAACCAGGUGACAACAGCCCCUCUCCGUCAGUUCAUUAUCAGCCAUCAGGGGGUUCCACAAGUCAUCGGGCACCCCCAAACACUUCUAACUACUCAACAUGGGGGCACUCAGAUCCUUCUUCCAAUGCCCCUGGCAAAUAAUACCACUACCAUCCAGCUGCCCAAUACUAAUGUCAAACUACAGCCAGUCUUGCAAGCUGUUUCUACACCAGGCACAGGUCUAAUUCAGACGCCACAAUUGCAGUCCACCAAAGCAGAAAGUCCUACUUCACAACAGCUGCUCACUCACAACCACAUAGUUCAGACCCUGUCUGUGGGCACCACUGAGAGGUCAGCUUUCCAGCACAGUACCAGUGAGAACCCAGCAGGACUGGAGAUUCCUCAGUGCUUCCUCAGCAGCUCCCCAGAGAACAGGACCUCACCUCACACAUCCCCUAUCCCAUCAUCCCUUAUCAAUGGACAACUAAACAAGGCCUCAUUCAUCCAGCAGUGCCAAGUUUUCAACCAGACGCCCAAGAACAGAGAGCCACCCCGUUAUGAGGAGGCCGUCAAACAGACCCGCAGCCUCCAGAAUCCCACCAUCUCUGAGUUUCCCACAGCGACGAGUCAACAGAUGGAUGAUCUCUUUGACAUUUUAAUAGAAAGUGGAGAGAUUACUCCCUUUAGUCAACAGGACCCAUCUGUGCCUAAGAUGAUGCCAGUCACGGCUAGCAUCACCACCCUGCCUAUUAGCACGGUCCUGUCCCGACCGCCCGCACAGGUGCAGAUGGCACCCCCACCAGCCCUCAUGGUGGAGCCCUUGCCCAGCUUAGCCUCCCUGGACUCCGAUAACCAAUUAGAGGCUCUGCUGGAGGGCACAUUAGUCGGGGACACAGAACCAGAGCAGAGGACGUUGUGCCUGCUAGAAGAGCUUCAAAACCAGAUGCUGGACCAACCAAACUCCCCAAUGGACACGUCCGAGCUUGGCUUCAGCGACCCGCCCGCUCCGUCCUCCUUCAGUCUCCAAGACACCGGCCUGGACAACAUGGAGUGGCUGGACCUAACUAUGCCAGGGCCCAUAGGUGGACUCAACCCGCUGGGCAUCGCCUCAGAAUUCCUGGACACUCAUGACCUGCAGCUCCACUGGGACUGAGAAGGAAACGCUUCAAACACAAUUACGCUUUCACUCGCACAACAAGUAGGGAUCGUCUGCGUGGCGGCGGUUCACGUCUGGCAGCUUUACGUGACUUGAUUCGGUUGUAAAUGCGUCUCACGCUGGUUCUAUCUCGUUUCACAUUAACUCUUGUUUGAUCUGAAUUGACACAAGAGCAUUGUGGGUAAUGCUGGCUAGGCCCUGAAUGUUCUCUCUUUGCUGUGCCAUACUGAGAGGGAGCUGCUUUUGGGCAGAUUGACUUGUGCUGUAUUGCUAUUUCUGGGUUUUUUCAUUCAUGUGCCAUUGGUUGCAGUUGGUCUAUGAACGGCUAAUUUUGAAGAAGGGAAAGGCUGUCGAUUCCAGAAGUUUGCAGCAUCACAGUGGAGUUCGCUUUGUUUGCACAAAAUUGAACAUGGCCUUGAGCAAUGGCGCCAUUAGCACUCCGAUCUGUAGUGAGUGUGUGUCUGUGUCUGUGUGGAGGAUGAGAAUGUCAGACUGGGAAGAUGCAUUUCCCAGAAGUCCUGUUUUCAGAGCUGACUGAAGUAACAGCCUGGUGUCUGCAAGACUCAGUGGCAAAUACGAUACUGUUCAAAAGUUUGGGGGCAGUAAGGUUUUCAAGAUAUUAGUGCUAUUUUUAGCAAGGAUAUAUUAAAUUGGUCAUUCAAAAUGACAGUAAGGAUAUUUAUAAUGUUGCAGAUUAUUUCUUAGAUCAGUCUAGUGAUCAUAAAAUCAUGAACAUUUACUAGAGCUGCAUGAUUUAUUGUUAAAAGAUCUAUUCAAACACCCAUGCAGUCUAAAGGCUGAUUUAUACUUCUGCAUGGAGGGAUCUGCAUGACCCACGGCGCCUGCCUUGCGCAUAGCCAUGCGUUUAUACUUCUGCAUGCUGUUUGUGUUGCUCUGCAAUAACACUUCCAAAAUGCUAGCUGGCAGAGGGUUUUUAUGUUCCUCUGUGUCGAGUUUCUUUGCAGGUGUUUAGUUUUUUUUUUCUCAACGCUACCUUAAUGUACAAGUAGCUAAAACUCGCUUAUUCAGAGGCGGGAACCGGUGGACGUGCAACAACAUUAAUCAUAAGAAGGCGCACAUGGAAUCUGCGCGCACAAACCCACAGAUUUCCGCAGAUUUUUAGCCUAUCGUUAGCUACAUUUCCAUCCACCUAUUUUUAUGCGCGUUUUGGAUAUUCGCAUAAAAAAACGGUGGAAGGAAAUGCCAAGAUGCGCCAAGAUGAUCGCUUUUUAAGUCGUUGAAUGGAAACGUUGCUUUAUUCGCACGUCUUUUAUGCGAUAAUCUUUUUUUAAUUUUAUUUUUUUAUUUUUUUAUCUUUUUUUAAAUUUUGCGCAUUUUUGAAUGGUUACAUAACUAUUGAGUCUAUUUAUUUACUUGUGGAAAUGUGUGCAAGUUUAUAUUCAUUGAGCUUUUAAAUUUAUUUAGUAAUAAUAUUGACUAAUAUGAAAAUGUUCAUAUGAUUUAUUUACAAUACAAUUCGUAAAUUAUUAUUUACUGUUUUUUAGUAGAUAUAUUAUAUGGUAAACUUGCUUUGUUAACCAAAUAAGUAGAUGUAAUUGGAUUUGCAUUGUAAACAUUAAAUAAAAGAUAAAAACGUCUUGGUUUUUUAUUUCAUAUAUUAGGUUUGUAGUUACAAUCUUUCCAAAAUCAUUCCGCAUAAAUCCGCAGACUUUUACAAAAUUCUGUGCUGAAAUAGCAAAAAGAUGUCUGCAGAUUCUGUCUGGUCCUAAUCAUAAGGUAAACACAAAACAAUAGUUUCCAUCUAGAGCUACUUCACGGGACUCGACACUUGUAAACACUCGCUCCAACGGGUUUGCGUGGCUUUCGGUCCCGCCCACACUGGUCAUAGCUAUCAGGCCAACCAAGAACUUGCACAAUGUGUCAUUGCGACAUGUAGUAAAAAUGUUUUUGGGAGGUGCCCUUCAGCGUUGGCGUCAGCCAUGCGAGGGCUAUGCGGAGCAAAGGCUACGUCAGAGCAUACGCGUGUGCUUGAUGCAGAAGUAUAAAUCAGCCUUUAAUCCUUAAUCAACAAAUUAAAGAGACAAAGAUAGUGUUUAAAACAAAGUAAAUUACAGUUUGAAAGCUAUUAGAUUCAGUAUGACAAUCUGUGGUAAUGGGAAACUUUCAAGAAAUAUAUUUGGGAAAUUUGUUUAUAAUGCUCAUAUGAGUGAGUUGAUAAAAUUGUUCAAUCAUUUUUAUAAUGAAUUUAUUCAAAUUAUAUAUGGAAAUAGAUAUUUCACCUGAUCCUCUUAGAUUCCAUGUUUCGUUUAGUUUUUUUUUUUUGAUAACUGGUCGAUUCAGAAUCCUGAGCUUUUUUUAUCCAAUAAAUCAUUAUACCCUGUUUACUCUCUUAUAUGUAAUAUACAGUUGAAGUCAGAAUUAUUAGCCCCCCCCCUUUGAAUGUUCUUUUCUUUUUUAAAUAUUUCCCAAAUUAUGUUUAACAGAUCAAGAACAUUUUUACAGCGUUUUAUUUUUUAAGAACCAUUUUAUGUUCAAAAUUAUUAGCCCCUUUAAGCUAUACAUUUUUAGAUUGUCUAGAGAACAAACCAUCGUUAUAUAAUAACUUGCCUAAUUACCCUAACCUGCCUAGUUAACCUAAUUAACCUAGUCAAGUCAUUGAAUGUCACUUUAAGCUGUAUAGAAGUGUCUUGAAAAAUAUCUAGUCAAAUAUUAUAUACUGUCAUCAUGGCAAAGAUCAAAUUUAUCAGUUAUUAGAAAUAAGUUAUUAAAACUAUUAUGUUUAGAAAUGUGUUGAAAAAAAAUCUUCUCGUUGUUAAACAGAAAUGGGGGAAAAAAUUAAACAGGGCUAAUAAAUCAAGGGGCAAAUAAUUCUGACUUCAACUGUAUAUCUCUAGUAUAUCUGUUUCCUAAAGAAAAUACAAUAUUAAGAAAUAUAAAAAAUAGAACAGGUUUUGACAUUUAAUAAGAAAAAAAGAUCAUCUCAAAAUAAUUUCUGAAAGAUCAUGCGACACUGAAGACUGGAGUAAUCAUGGUGAAAAUUCGGCUUUAUUAUCAGACUUUUCAAAUUUUAAUAAUUUAAAAAGUUCAAUAUCAUUUUAAUGAAAAAACUGUGUUUACAGUACUUUGAUCAGAUAACAGAAGCCUUAAAAAUAAGGUAAUUGCCCUAAACUUUUGAACAGUAGAGUAGAUUGAUGAAAAACAUUUAUUUAACAUAUCGCUGUUUUUUGAGGGUUUUUUUUGUCAAUUUUUUUUACCUUUUUUUUCUAAAAUGAAGACUUGCUGCAGAUCAGAGGAAUUGCUUCAUUUUUUAUAAAGUGGUUGGAAUUUCAGAUUUUCUCCAUGCAUAAACAGCCAAUCUUGGAUGGGUUAUUAGAGCAGUUGGCUAGAUUUGAAUCUGAGAAUUGCAGAAGAAUCAAUUUUUUCAGUUUUAGAUCUAAUAAUGUGGAUGAUUUGUCUCGGAUCAGCUCUAAAUUCCAGCCAAAUUCAAUCAAAUAAGAGGCAGAUUGCGAUUAACAGGCGAUCACUCCUAUUACAGCAUUCUGAAAUGAAUCUAAUUCUAUGUAAAUAACCCACGAGAACGAAUCUUUGUAUAAAAACGACCUGUUGGAUGUCCAAACCUU